ACCCCCUCUUCCCUCUCUUUUUGUUGCGUGCUUUCUAGUCCAUGGAAUUGAAGAAGUCAGCCUCUAGCCCAUAAUAGAAUAACCCCCCCUCUCUCUCUCCCUCUCUCUCUCUCUCUCUCUCAAAACUGAAGAACCUGCUCAGUUCAUCUUCCUUUCAUGAUUGAAGCUUAGAAGAAGAAGAAGAAGAAGAAGAAGAAGAAGAAGGUAGGUACCAAGAUCAUGUGCGACUACUUCUGUCAAAGAAUGGAUCAGAACAACCAGGGAGACCUCACCGACAUCUUCCGUAACAACAACCGCACCAACAACGACACGUGGCAUCUACUCCCAGAACCAGCCGCCGCCUUCCCUCCAUCUUCCAACAACUUUGGAGAUCCCUUCGUUGAUGUCAGAGACCCUUUGCUCCAUGAACUCAACACAACCAAUUUCUUCAACUCGUCGGAUGCUAGUGCUUGCAGUGAUGACCAGAAGAUGCUGCUUGAGGAGGAGGGGAAGAGUAGCAUCUUCUCAAGGAUGUUGCAAAUAUCUCCGGUGAUAGCCGGAAAGAUGUCGGCGGAGAUCGGACACCCGCGGCUUGUGCCCGGAGAUUGCGGUGGAGGGUUGCAAAUCUCAUCAACGAGAGUGCAAGGGAUCAAGAGAAGGAAAAGUCAGGUGAAGAAAGUGGUAUGCAUACCAGCGCCAGCUGCGGCAAGUGGUAGGCCAAGUGGAACGGGAGAGGUGGUUCCUUCUGAUCUAUGGGCUUGGAGGAAGUACGGCCAGAAACCGAUCAAAGGGUCUCCUUAUCCAAGAGGGUAUUAUAGAUGCAGCAGCUCAAAGGGAUGCUCGGCAAGGAAACAAGUAGAAAGAAGCCGGACAGAUCCGAACAUGCUGGUCAUCACGUACAGCUCCGAGCACAAUCAUCCAUGGCCGACUCAAAGGAACGCUCUGGCAGGUUCAACAAGAUCUCAAUCUUCAAAAAUCAAUAAUCCUUCAACUUCGAGAAGCUCCCCUCAUAACCUAAACCAGUUAAAAAACAUAAAAGAAGAGCACAAGGAGUGUUCAGGCUCUGCCAUCCAGAUAGUAAAGGAAGAAGAAGGAUAUGAGAUGGAGAAAGCAGCUUUGUUUGAUUCUCAAGAACAUGAUUUUGAUGAUUUCUUUGCGGAUUUGGCUGAGCUUGAUUCUUCUGAUCCCAUGAAUCUUAUUUUCAGUAAGUUGGAUGGUGAGGAGAGGGGAAGAGAUCAUAAAUCCAUGGAUCCCUUCAAUAUAUUUGAUUGGGGAGGAGAAGAAGGAAAAAAAGGCUUCGUUUGAGAAAGCUUUUCAGCUGCUUAAUUCGCUUUUCAAAAAUCUCUUAUAACGGAUAGUUGAAAUUUGUGCAUGAAACAUGCAAAGAUUGAUGGUAAGAAAUAGACCAAUUUCUGCAGCUCAGCACAUCACAGGACAAGACAGCAGAAAUAGUACAGCAUGAAGCCGUUUAUAAUGUUAUAUAAUUUUCCUUGAGGUCUGCUUAUGAACCUUUACAUUAGUUUAAAUUUUACUUUUUGAGA